AAUGCUAAACAGAAACAAGACCGCCCCUGUAAUAAUCAGUCAGUGAUCGUGGGACUGCUCGCAAGCUGUAAUCAAUCCUCAGACUGGCGACGAGCGUGAUUGGAACGUUUUAUUCAAAUGCAACCCCCUGGAAUCUUUGUCUUUGUUCUGUUGACAGUGACGUUGGCAUGUGCCUCGCCUCGGGGCGACAGCCUCCGCGAAUUACGAAAGCUGAUGCGACAACAGGAUGCGGACUCCCUUCAGCAGUUCGAUCAGGACCUCAACGAGUGGGCCCGGAACCUGGUCGAUUUGGGACAGCAGAUGGCAGAGUUUGUUGAAAAGUGCCGUCAGCCGAAAAGUCAUUGUCAGAAGCGACUUGUCCUGAGGCAGAUUAGAAACCUCCGACGCGGAUACACGGAAUUCAGGGCACGCCUCGAGGCCCUCGAGGUAAACUUCUUCGGCAGAGUGAGGGAUACGCAAAAUAUGGAAUCCUCUCUACAAAUGUGUAAAGACGUACUCCGUCAGUACGAUGAGACCUUCACACUGCUUAACAAUGAGGUAGAACACAUUGUGGAUCAGUAGCUUCUUUUUCGGAUAAAAUAUUCAGUUUAUUAUAUUUUUGUUAUUUCUUAAUGA